UGGUUGUAGGUGUUGGUCAGACAACUUUGAGGUCCAUUUUCGCACUUUCGCUUUAAAUUUUACGAGACCACAUGGGAAGUAUCAAACUGGCCGCAGCUGCCUGGAUUUCCGUAAGAAACGUAGAGGAUUACAUGAGACCCUUUUAAUCUUUAACCAACUAAAUAAACCCUGCUGCAGAGCAGUGCUUAGACUGUGUGGACGUAUGAGACAUGGCGGUGUGUUUCCUCGGUGGACGUUUCCUGAAAUGCAGGAGUAAUUUAAGAACAGCCACCAUGACAGCGAGCCAGUCGUACAGCUCCUUAGUGACCUCAGGCCGGCAGCAUGUUAAUGGAGUGGAUCUGUACUAUGAGCAGACAGGUGAGGGAAAACACGCUCUCCUGCUGCUCCCUGGUGCUAUUGGAAGUACUCGGACUGAUUUUGGCCCUCAGCUGAAGUCUCUGAAUAAAGAACGCUUCACUGUGGUUGGCUGGGAUCCUCGUGGUUAUGGGCAAUCCCGUCCCCCAGAUAGAGACUUCCCUUUGGACUUCUUUGAGAGAGAUGCAAAGGAUGCCGUGGAUCUGAUGAAGGCAUUAGGCUUCCAUAAGUUCUCUCUGCUGGGCUGGAGCGACGGCGGAAUCACGGCUCUGAUAGCAGCUGCAAAAAACCCCAACCUGAUAAACAGGAUGGUUGUUUGGGGAGCAAAUGCCUUCAUCACCCAGCAGGACCUUGAGCUUUACGAGGCGGUGCGUGAUGUCUCCAAGUGGAGUGCAAGGAUGAGACAGCCGUUGGAAGAGGUGUACGGAACAGAAAAGUUUGCAAAAAACUGGGAUGCCUGGGUUGAUGGGAUUACACAGUUUGCAGCGAGACCAGAAGGGAGUAUCUGCAUUGAGCUACUGCCUCUAAUCAGCUGUCCGACCCUCAUCAUCCACGGAGAGAAGGACCCCGUGGUGCCAACCUUUCACGCACAAUUCCUCUCCAAACAUGUUAAAGGGUCACGACUGCACAUGAUGCCAGAGGGUAAACACAACAUCCACCUGAGGUAUGCUGAUGAAUUCAACAAGCUGGUGGAAGACUUUCUAGAAGACUGAGCGAUCGAUUAACACUGAAAUAACGACUGAUCAUCUUGUAGAAGAAGAAGAAGCAGGUGGCUAGUAGGUCUGAGGAAAUAUAAACACUAAAGGAAGUAAUUUUGUCAGUUAUUCAACUUCUAUCCAUGCAAAGCUUAAUACUUAACAAGUUAAAGUUAAACAUGUAUAAUACUUUCAAUGUUUUCCAUCAAAUGUUGAUUUAUUUUAAUAAAUUUGAUACAAAGGUA